GAGGAUUUUUCGGUUUCCAAAUGUUCUACCAUCGCUGAUUUUGCAAGAUCAAUCAAUUAUGGCAUUCCUGGCCAUCUACUACAAUUGCUUGAGAAGUUUUUUUCAUGGAGGAAGUGGCCAUUAGUCACACCACAUGGUGAAGCAGCAACAUACGAGAAAAUGCUUAAAAAAUUCACUAUAGAUGAACAGAUGAGGGAAAUCAGACACUUAGCUUUAUUAAAAUGUCUAAACAUUGGAAUCGGUGAAUUGCCUCAAGAUUGUGAAAUCCAGGAUGCUAAGUACCAUUUAUUUUCUAGUGGUGAAGCUGUGCUAGAAAUGAUCAACGUGUUCAUAAAAUUUGUGGAAAAUAUGUCCGUCCGUGUGGAAAAGGUGCAAAUUUCCCAUCCAAGAGGCUAUGAUGAUGUUCUGGGGUUUGCACAUUUCCUGACUAGCAAGGGAAUUGCCAUGGAAACCGCAUACAGCGUGGUUCAAUUGUGCCUGGAGAACCAAGUCCAACCUUCGGAGCUCACCCUAGAGGAACUGCCACGGAUCGAUUUCCCUUGCGAGCGUGCUCAUGUCCUGUUGCAUGAUAAGGUGAACGUCUUUGGCAAAUUCACCAGGCGAGAUCGAGAUGAUUCCAAGGAGAUGAUCAAAUGGUGUUGCAAGCUUCAGAUUAGUCCCAAAACUAUUUCCAACGUUAUAUUAUUUAUUUUUAAUUAG